UGAAAAAUCAAUAAGGACUGAUUUAACAAAAGAACGGCCACCAUGGCCAUACACAGUGUAUGCUCCAGCAAAAGAGGAGCCGAAUUUAAUAGAAGGGACUGAUAUCUCGCCAGAAGAGUUGAGAUUUGAGUUUUUAAAGUUAAAAGAUUUCUGGAUGUACGGUGGAGAAAUGCAAUAUAACCAGGGUGUUGCACAGCUUAACAACGUAAUGAAACAAAAGACAGACGAUGUGUUAAAAGACCUGCGAAACGCUAUACGAACGUACCAGAACAAGACAAGACAACAAUCGGGAUUUAAUUCAUCGAACACUUUUGGUGGUGGCAGAACACAACCCGGGAAUACAAGUCAGCAGCAAUCGACUACAUUCGGGUCCAACAGUGGAUUCGGUCAGCCGCAACAGAGCGGGGCGUUUGGCCGGCAAAGCGGAUUCGGAAGCAGCGGAUUCGGGCAGAAUGGAUUUGGAAGUAGCGGAUUUAACCAGCAAAGUAACUUUGGAGGAUUCGGCCAGCAACAACCGUCACAACCGAGUCCGUUUGGACAACAACCGGGAGCAGGAUUCGGGGUUACUCAACCGAGUGGAGGAUUUGGGGGGUUUUAUCAACAACAACCCCAACAAACUGGACCUGGUCUCGGAACUCCACAACAACCGCCACAGCAGAGUAAUACAUUCGGUACAUUUUCUUCUAUAGGAAAUCCGCCAGCUCCAACUUUUGCUCUGACUGGCCCUGGAGUAUCGAAUACUCAGCAGCAAAAUCCGUUGGGACAAUCAAUACAAAAUCCUUUUGGAACUCAGCAACAACCGAGUCUAUUUGGCGGUGGUGCGCAAGGCGCAAAACCAGAUGGGAUGUCCGAGUAUUUUACUGGACAUGUGCCGACAAGUCCACCUCAAAAUCACUAUUGA